UAUUUCAGAAAGGGGCUGGCAAGUGAGCGAAGCCAAACUUUUUCCUAUUUAAGGCCACAGCAGCCGGCUCCCCACGGCUGGCUGCGAGGACGGCCCGGUGCUGGAGGGCAGGGGCGACUGAUGGUGCUACUCUGAGCGGCCCCUUCUCUCCUUUGUGCACGGAGAGUCUCAUGUCUGACCUGUAGACAUGACGAGCUUCGUGCGGAAGGGGACCUGGCUGCUCCUCACUCUGCUGCAUCCCGCGCUGGUCCUGGCCCAGCAGCUCCCGGAAGUUAUUGAUGGAGGAUGCUCCCAUCUCGGCCAGUCCUACGCGGACAGAGAUGUCUGGAAGCCAGAACCGUGCCAAAUAUGCGUCUGCGACUCAGGAUCUGUUCUCUGCGAUGACAUAAUCUGUGACGACCAGGAAUUGGACUGCCCCAACCCGGAGAUCCCGUUCGGAGAAUGCUGCGCCGUGUGCCCUCAGCCUCCGACCACUCCCACACGCCCUCCGAAUGGCCAUGGACCUCGAGGCCCGAAGGGAGAUCCCGGCCCUCCUGGUAUUCCUGGGAGAAAUGGCGACCCUGGUCUUCCCGGGCAGCCAGGUACCCCUGGUUCUCCCGGCGCCCCUGGAAUCUGUGAAUCAUGCCCUACUGGUGGCCAGAACUAUUCUCCCCAGUUUGAGUCCUACGAUGUCAAGUCCGGAGUAGGAGGAGCGGGCCUCGGAGGCUAUCCCGGGCCAGCUGGUCCCCCAGGCCCUCCCGGCCCUCCUGGUGCAUCUGGUCAUCCUGGCUCACCUGGUUCUCCGGGAUACCAAGGCCCCCCUGGUGAACCUGGGCAGGCUGGUCCUUCGGGCCCUCCAGGACCUCCUGGUGCUAUUGGUCCAGUUGGUCCCGCUGGAAAAGAUGGGGAAUCUGGAAGACCCGGACGAACCGGAGAGCGAGGACUGCCUGGCCCUCCAGGUAUGAAAGGCCCAGCGGGCAUGCCUGGAUUCCCUGGAAUGAAAGGACACAGAGGCUUCGAUGGACGGAAUGGAGAAAAGGGUGAAACGGGUGCUCCUGGAUUAAAGGGUGAAAACGGCCUUCCUGGUGAAAACGGAGCGCCGGGCCCCAUGGGUCCCCGAGGGUCUCCUGGGGAGAGAGGCCGGCCGGGACUCCCUGGAGCCGCUGGGGCUCGAGGUAAUGAUGGUGCUCGAGGAAGUGACGGACAACCGGGCCCACCCGGUCCCCCCGGAACGGCAGGAUUCCCCGGUUCCCCCGGUGCUAAGGGCGAAGUCGGACCUGCAGGCUCUCCUGGCUCAAACGGCUCCCCCGGACAGAGAGGAGAACCUGGACCUCAGGGACACGCUGGUGCUCCGGGCCCUGCGGGCCCUCCUGGGAACAAUGGGAGUCCUGGCGGCAAAGGUGAAAUGGGUCCCGCUGGCAUUCCUGGGGCUCCUGGCCUGUCCGGAGCCCGGGGUCCCCCAGGCCCGCCCGGUACCAAUGGUAUUCCUGGCCAGCGAGGUGCUGCCGGCGAACCCGGUAAGAACGGUAACAAAGGAGAGCCCGGAGCACGCGGGGAGCGAGGGGAAGCUGGUAUCCCCGGGCUGCCAGGCACUAAGGGUGAAGACGGCAAGCCGGGUUCGCCUGGAGAACCUGGUUCCAACGGAGCCCCGGGAGCCCCAGGAGAGAGGGGCGCGCCCGGAUUCCGAGGAGCUGCUGGAACCAACGGCCUUCCCGGAGAAAAGGGUCCUGCUGGGGAGCGCGGCGGUCCCGGCCCCGCAGGGCCCCGAGGAGCCCCCGGAGAAUCUGGCCGAGACGGUGCCCCCGGACCCCCAGGAAUGAGGGGGGUGCCCGGAAGCCCAGGAGGACCAGGCGGCGACGGGAAGCCAGGGCCGGCCGGACCUCCAGGAGCGAGAGGCUCCCCAGGCUCUGCAGGCCCCCCUGGCCCGAGGGGUCAGCCUGGCGUCAUGGGCUUCCCUGGCCCUAAAGGCAACGACGGGGCUCCUGGCAAAAACGGAGAGCGAGGUGGCCCUGGAGGUCCUGGCGCCCCGGGUCCGGCUGGAAAGGACGGUGCAAGUGGAGCUCCGGGCCCCCCUGGACCGCAGGGGGCAGCCGGUGACAAAGGAGAGGCAGGACCCCCUGGCCCGCAGGGAUUGCCGGGCCUCCAAGGAGCCAGCGGGCCCCCCGGGGAGAGCGGGAAACCUGGUGAGGCAGGCCCCAAGGGCGAGGCCGGUGCGCCGGGAGCGCCAGGAGGCAAGGGAGACUCUGGAGCCCCUGGUGAGCGUGGGCCUCCUGGAGGGGUAGGUCCCCCCGGACCGAGAGGUGGAGCAGGCCCCCCUGGUACUGACGGAGGCAAGGGCCCUCCCGGCCCCCCCGGGCCACCCGGUCUUGCUGGUAGCCCUGGCCUGCAAGGGAUGCCUGGAGAAAGAGGGGGCCCUGGAGGCGCCGGCCCGAAGGGUGACAAGGGGGAACCGGGCACCGCUGGUGCUGAUGGGGCUCCUGGCAAAGACGGUCCCCGGGGUCCUACUGGUCCCAUCGGCCCCCCUGGCCCCGCUGGUAUGCCUGGAGAUAAGGGCGAAGGUGGUACCCCUGGACCUCCGGGCGCAGCUGGUCCUCCUGGAGGCCCUGGCGAGAGAGGUGAAAGCGGACCCCCAGGCCCCGCCGGCUUCCCUGGUGCUCCCGGACAGAACGGCGAGCCUGGCGGGAAAGGAGAGAGAGGCCUUCCUGGCGAGAGAGGCGAGAGCGGGCCCCCCGGGGCCGCAGGACCCCCCGGGGGAGCUGGGCCUCCGGGCCCCUCUGGUCCCCAAGGUGUCAAAGGCGAUCGUGGCAGCCCUGGCGGCCCGGGCGCUGCUGGCUUCCCGGGCGGCCGCGGACCCCCCGGCCCUCCUGGCAACAACGGUAACCCAGGCCCCCCAGGCGUCAGUGGUGCUCCAGGCAAGGACGGCCCCCCGGGCCCCCCGGGAAGCAAUGGCAGCCCCGGCAGCCCCGGGAUUUCCGGACCUAAAGGUGACGCUGGCCCGCCCGGCGAGAAGGGGUCCCCCGGUUCCCAGGGCCCCCCGGGCGCCCCAGGCCCGCUCGGACUCGCAGGAAUCACCGGCGCGCGGGGGCUGGCGGGGCCCCAGGGAUGGAUUCUGAGUCUGACAACCUGUGGUGAAGCGGGGAAGCCUGGACCCAGUGGUCACAACGGAGAACGCGGGCCGCCUGGACCCCAGGGCCUGCCCGGCCUGGCGGGGACGGCGGGCGAGCCGGGGCGCGAUGGAAACCCUGGAUCCGAUGGGCUCCCGGGCCGUGAUGGAACUCCUGGGACCAAGGGAGAUCGUGGUGAAAACGGCUCGCCUGGCGCCCCUGGCUCCCCGGGACACCCCGGCCCGCCCGGUCCCGUGGGCCCAGCAGGAAAGAGUGGUGACAGAGGAGAACCUGGUCCUUCUGGCCCUACUGGUGCCCCAGGUCCUGCUGGUGUCCGCGGUCCUGCUGGUCCCCAAGGCCCCCGUGGCGACAAAGGUGAAACAGGUGAACGUGGUUCUAACGGCAUCAAAGGACAUCGAGGCUUCCCCGGCAACCCCGGCGCCCCCGGCUCUCCAGGCCCUGCUGGUCACCAAGGGGCAGUCGGGAGCCCAGGGCCCGCCGGCCCCAGAGGACCCGUUGGACCUAGUGGGCCCCCCGGCAAAGACGGGACCAGUGGACAUCCAGGGCCCAUCGGACCACCAGGGCCUCGAGGGAACAGAGGUGAAAGAGGAUCCGAGGGCUCCCCCGGCCACCCGGGCCAGCCAGGCCCUCCCGGACCCCCCGGCGCGCCCGGCCCCUGCUGCGGCGGGGGCGGAGUGGCCAUCUCCGGCGGCGGAGGGGAGAAGGCUGGAGGGUUUGCCCCCUAUUAUGGAGAUGAACCACUGGAUUUCAAAAUCAACACCGAGGAGAUUAUGACUUCCCUCAAGUCAGUCAGCGGACAAGUGGAAAACCUCAUCAGCCCUGACGGGUCUCGCAAGAACCCGGCCCGGAACUGCCGAGACCUGAAGUUCUGCCACCCGGAGCUCCAGAGCGGAGAAUAUUGGGUUGACCCUAACCAAGGCUGUAAGAUGGACGCCAUUAAAGUGUUCUGCAACAUGGAGACGGGGGAGACCUGCAUCAGCGCCAGUCCUCAGAGCGUCCCCCGCAAGCGCUGGUGGACAGACUCCGGCGCCGAGAAGAGGCACGUCUGGUUCGGGGAAACCAUGGAUGGAGGCUUCCAGUUCAGCUACGGCAACCCUGAGCUCCCCGAAGACGUCCUGGACGUGCAGCUCGCCUUCCUCCGCCUGCUCUCCAGCCGGGCCUCCCAGAACAUCACGUACCACUGCAGGAACAGCAUCGCGUACAUGGACCACGCCAGCGGGAACGUGAAGAAGGCCCUGAGGCUGAUGGGCUCCAAUGAAGGCGAAUUCAAGGCGGAGGGAAACAGCAAGUUCACGUACACCGUCCUGGAGGAUGGCUGCACGAAACACACUGGCGAGUGGGGCAGAACGGUCUUCGAGUAUCGAACACGCAAGGCGGUGAGACUCCCUAUUGUGGAUUUCGCGCCCUAUGAUGUCGGCGGUCCCGAUCAAGAAUUCGGUGUGGACAUUGGCCCUGUUUGCUUUUUAUAAGCCAAACUCUGUCUAAAAUCCCAGCCAAAAACCUCACACUCCAUAUGUGUUCCUCUUGUUCUAAUCUUGUCAACCAGUACAAGUGGCCAACUAAAUUCCAGUUAUUUAUUUCCAAAAUUUUUGGAAAAAGUAUAAUUUGACAAAGAAGGAUACUUUUUUUUUUUUUUUGCUGUUUCACCAAAUACAGUUCAAAUGCCUUUUGUUCUAUUUUUUUAAAAAUUUCAAUUUCAAAAUGUCUCAAUGGUGCUAUAAUAAAUAAACUUCAACACUCAUACAAUCA